AUGUUCAGACUUACACAGAUUGGAAUUGUACUUGUACUAAUUAACAAAAUACUCGCAGAGGGUGAUGUAGUAUAUGGUCCAAAGAGGCAAAAUGAGACCAUUUAUGAUAGUUUAAAAGAAAAUGGGGAUCCAUUUGAAACAAACUAUCGUGAUCAGCCAGUUGGCCUCAGCACUUCUACUGAGAAUCAAAAAUCUUCUAGUAGUAAGAGCCCUGUGGAGGAGGAUCCUAUUAUUAAUGAGGAUGAACGACCAACAGCCUCUAAUCCUACUACUGGCAGUAUAAUAUCAACAACCAAGCCUUUUGAUGGUACUAGGCCAGCAGAUAAAACCAUCGACGAAGAAGAGCAGGAAUUAAGUCAACUAGGUGCAUCAACUAAUCCUUCUAGUGAUGCUACUUCAGAAACUAAGAUUGUCGACAAGGAAGAGCAGAAAUUGAGCCAGCAAGAUGUGUCUGAAAAGACUUCGAGUAGAUCCAAUCCAUUUAUCAUUAACAAUCAGCAAACGGGGCAAAGCAGGUCUCAGGGAUCAAAGGAACAUAUUACUGAAUCUGCUGCUCAGGAAGGAACUCUAAGCUUAAACUCUGCUGAUCAGGAAGAAGGAACUCUAAGCUCAAACAAUGGAAAUGGAACUUUUCAUGGCCAUCUCACAAAAGAGGCAAAUUCUACAAAUGGUGAGUCCACAACGCAAUCUGAUACCCAAACUGACUCUGCUUCUCAAACAUACUUUUCUAAUUUAUUAUCCUGGAUUAGUGAGUAUACCAAAACAAUUGGUAUGGACUUUACCGAUAAAGAGUCUUUCUGGGGAUAUGAGUACAAUCUUGGAUAUUUCAAGAUAAACAAUGGUGUAUUGGUCGUAGUUCUGACGAUCUUGGCUGCUGUUAGUCUCUAUUACUUUAUUACUGCUGUAAGCCAAAGUGAAAAGCUGUAUUACAACAGAGACGAGGCUGGUAAAACUCUUAGCAAGCUUAUUUUAGCAAUUAGCAAUUUCUUUGGAGCUGUUAAAAGAAAGAUCGCUGAGCCUUUCAAGAAGGUUCGUCACGUUGGUGAUACUAAGAAAGGUAGCCUGAUUCGUGAAAAAAGAAAAUUUCCAGAGGAUAGCGACGAAUAUUUGGAUGAAGGCUAUUAA